UGUUGUACUUUUCUAAUGAGAGCAGAUCUUGGUAAAUGGAGAUGGGGAAGAACAAGCUCUCGCCAUUUCCUCUCUCUAAAGGGCUAAAGGUUGUUUUUUUCCCUCUCUGCCAGAUUUUCUCGGAAAAUUCUCCUCCUUUUUUCUUCACUCGCUUCGAACACUCUCUACUAGAUCUGUCUGAAAACUGAUCUCCUUCUCCGCCGAAGUCUCUGCCGAAAUGGGUUUCUCUCGGUCUCUCUUGUCCUGUUAAAGGGGGAAAACAAGAACCCUAUUCUGCAGAUGGAAGUAUGUGCUGUGAAUCAGAUAGAUCAAGCCUGAUCCUGUCUUCUAGUUCUUCAUCGCCUGGUUUCUUCGAGGAUAACGAUUUUGUUCCUUACCCAGACAUGAAUCACUUGACUGUCGAAACCGAAGAUACUUUCGCUAGCCUGCUCGAACUGGCGGCCAACAACGACGUCGAAGGUUUCAGGUUGUCUCUGGAGAGAGACCCUUGUUGUAUAGACGAGGUGGGUCUCUGGUAUGGCAGGCAGAAAGGUUCAAAGGCUAUGGUCAAUGACCAAAGGACGCCAUUGAUGGUUGCUGCAACUUACGGAAGUAUCGAUGUGAUUAAACUGAUCAUUUCCUUGUCUGAUGCUGAUGUGAACCGCACUUGCGGUAAUGACAAGACCACUGCCCUUCACUGUGCUGCUUCUGGAGGAGCGGUGAAUGCUGUGGAAGUGGUCAGGCUGCUUCUUGCUGCAGGUGCUGAUCCUAACCUGUUUGACGGUAAUGGUCAACGAGCCGGGGAUGUUAUCGUGGUUCCUCCUAAGCUCGAGGGUGUCAAGUUCAUCCUUCAGGAGCUUCUCUCGGCUUAUGGUUCAACCACCGCUGACCGGAAAUUACAUGUGGUUACGAAUAUUCCUCAUUCGGGUUCUUCUCCGCCUCCUUCUCCUUCUUUGGAGAAUGGUCAGGAUUCUCCAUUGAAGUUCAAGUCGAGUGAUGCCAAGAAAGAGUAUCCUGUUGACCCGUCUCUUCCCGAUAUCAAAAACAGCAUAUACUCCACUGAUGAAUUCCGGAUGUAUUCCUUUAAGGUCCGUCCUUGCUCACGGGCUUACUCCCAUGAUUGGACCGAGUGUCCGUUUGUUCAUCCGGGUGAAAACGCAAGGAGAAGGGACCCGAGGAAGUUCCAUUACAGCUGCGUUCCUUGCCCUGAUUUUAGGAAAGGGGCUUGUAGGCGGGGAGACAUGUGCGAAUAUGCGCAUGGUGUGUUUGAGUGCUGGCUCCACCCGGCUCAGUAUCGGACUCGUCUUUGCAAGGACGGGACGGGCUGUGCUAGACGUGUGUGUUUCUUUGCGCAUACACCGGAAGAACUCCGGCCUUUGUACGCAUCGACAGGUUCAGCCAUUCCAUCCCCUCGUUCAAGUGCUGAUUUUGCCGCGGCUAUGAGUCUCCUCCCGGGCUCUCCAUCGUCUGUUUCUGUGAUGUCUCCAUCACCGUUCACUCCUCCCAUGUCCCCGUCGGGAGCUGGCAACGGUAACAUGGCGUGGCCGCAACCCAAUGUCCCGGCCUUGCACCUCCCCGGAAGCAAUUUCCAGUCAAGCCGGCUGAGGUCUUCUCUCAAUGCCAGAGACAUCCUUGCUGAAGACUUCAACAUGUUACCUGAUUAUGACCGGCAGCAACUCCUGAACGAGUUUUCCGGGCUGAGUUCCAAUUCUUUGAGUCGUUCCGGUCGGAUGAAACCCAUGAAUCCAUCGAAUCUCGAUGAUCUUUUCUCGGCAGAGAGCUCUUCUUCUCCACGGUUUGCCGACCCAGCAUUGGCUUCUGCAGUUUACUCGCCGAUGCACAAAUCUGCAGUCUUUAACCAGUUUCAGCAGCAAAGCAUGCUUUCGCCGAUCAAUACGAGCUUUUCACCGAAAAACGUGGAUCACCCGUUGUUACAGGCAUCAUUUGCUGGAGGAAGAAUGUCUCCCCGUAGCGGAGUGGAGCCAAUCUCACCGUUGAGUUCUCGGGCCUCGAUGUUGGCUCAGCGCGAUAAGCAGCAGCAGUUCCAGUUCCGCAGCCUCAGCUCCCGAGAAUUACGGACAAACUCCAGCGCCAUUGUCGGUUCCCCUGUGAACUCGUGGUCCAAUCUCGGAUCUUCCAAUGGAAAACCUGAUUGGACGGUGAGCUCAGAUGAGUUGGGGAAGCUGCGGCGUUCUUCUUCGUUCGAGCUCGGGAAUGGGGAGGAGCCUGACUUGUCGUGGGUUCAGUCCCUCGUGAAGGAGUCCCCGACCGACAUGAAAGAGAAGGCAUCAUCAUCGUCAGUUCAAGGUCCGGGUCUGGGUCCUGGUUCAGUCGCCGAGAACAACGGUGACAUGAACGUGAACGUGACGGCUGAGCCAGCGGAUCAUAGUGCUGUGUUGGGAGCUUGGAUUGAGCAAAUGCAGCUCGAUCAGCUCGUGGCGCAGCAGAACUGAAGAGACGGAAGCUAAAGGACUGGACAGAGGUCUCUUCUCUGGUAGAUAACUUUUUCUGACAGGGAGAUAUGUUUCGGCGGCGGUGUUAGAAGGGUAACUACAACAUUAACAAAGAAGAGAAGCUUAUAUAUAUAUAUAAUAUAUAUAUAUAUUUAUGUUAUCAUCAUUAUUAUUAUUAUUAUGGGGUUUUUUGAAGGUUCUUUAUUUUUUGGCCAUUAAUUUUCGCAGAUGGUAGAGAGAAGAAAGAAAAACAAAAACCUUCUGGGUUUUUCUUCUUUCGAUUUGUCAGAAUGCUUCUUCCAUAAUCAUUAUCUUUAUAAUUAUUAUAAUUA